AUGCCACCAACAAAUGCUACGAAGUCGUUCGCUGUUCCGCUCAACGGCGACGGGGAGGUCAUUACUGUUGGCAUCUGCGAACCUGAUAUCCGCGCCGACAACCUCAAUCUGACGACGUGGACUGCCUCUUUUAUUCUGGCUCGUCAACUGCACAAAUUCGGACUGCUCGUUGACAAGAAAGAGAAGAUUCCCGUGCUCGAAAUUGGAGCUGGCACAGGACUUGUCGGCCUGACAGCAGCACUUAUCCUAUGUUGCAAGACCGUACUUACGGACUUACCGGGCAUUGUGCCUGGAUUGCGUGCGAACGUUGACCUGAAUAUUAACACGCUUGGGCCUAUCGCCAGCAAGGUUCAGUGCGGCUCGCUGGACUGGCGGACACCUGAAAUCUUGACCCUCGAGUCUGGUGCCACGUUUGAUGUUGCUGAUACCAAGGCAAACAUUAUACUAGCUGCAGAUACUAUCUACGAUGACGCUCAUCCAGAACUUCUUUCUCGUGUGAUACUGACGUGGCUCGCUCGUACACCGAGUGCUCGUGCAAUCCUAGCCUAUCCACUUCGUGUCGCAUACCUUGAGCAGAUUCGCGAAAUCUGGACUUUACUUGAAGAGGGUGGACUGGAGUGUGAGAUUGAGGGUCAAGAGCAGGCAGAAACUAGAGACUGGGACGACGAACUACUGUGCGAGUACGUUGUUCUCAAAUGGAAGAGCACAGGCAGCUAA